GGGGCGGGGCAGGGCGAGGGAGGCCCACGGCAUGGCGGCUGCCAAGGUAUCAUCAAUCAAGCGGGCGGACGCGGCAGAGCUGAAGGCGAUCUUCCUCAAGUAUGCCAGCGUCGAGAAGGGGGGCGAGUCCUUCAUGUCCCCGCACGACUUCGUCACCCGGUACCUGAACCUCGCCGGGGACGGGCGGCUCGAUCCCAGCACCGAGGCGCUGCUGGCCGGCGUCGUGGACCAGACCAAAAAUGGCCUCAUCUCCUUCCAAGAGUUCGUGGCGUUCGAGUCGGUGCUCUGUGCCCCCGAUGCCCUCUACCUGGUGGCCUUUCAGCUCUUCGACAAAGCGGGCAGAGGAGAAGUCACCUUCGAGGACGUGAAGCAGGUGUUGGGGCAGACCGCGGCUCACCGGCACAUCCCCUUCAACUGGGACUCGGAGUUUGUGCGGCUGCACUUCGGAAAAGACGGGAAGCGACCCCUGUCCUACGCUGAGUUCAUCCAGUUCUUACUGGAGAUCCAGCUCGAACACGCCAAGCAGGCGUUCGUCCAGCGGGACGGCGCUCGCGCGGGGAGGGUCACGGCCCUGGACUUCCGGGACAUCAUGGUGACCGUCCGCCCCCACGUCCUCACGCCGUUCGUCGAGGAGCGACUGGUCGCGGCCGCCGGAGGGUCCCCGUCCCGCCCGGUCAGCUUUUCCUAUUUCAAAGCCUUCAACUCCCUGCUGAACAACAUGGAGGUGGUCCGGAAGGUCUACGGCACCGUGGCCGGCCUCGGGAAGGACGCGCAAGUCACCAAAGAGGACUUCCUCCUGACCGCCCAGAGGUUCGGCCAGGUGACGCCCAUGGAAGUGGACAUCCUGUUUCAGUUGGCGGACCUGCACGAGCCCCGGGGCUGCGUGACGCUCGCCGACAUCGACAGGAUCGCUCCCCCGCAGAUGCCGGCCGCCCCCUCCGGCCUCGGCCCCGAGGCCCGGAGACAGCCGCCGCCUCGGGGAGACGCUCCGCGUUCGGUCCUGAUCCAAGCGGCCGAGUCGGCGUACAGAUUCGCGCUGGGCUCCGUCGCCGGAGCGGUGGGGGCGACGGCGGUGUACCCCAUCGACCUGGUGAAGACCCGCAUGCAGAACCAGAGGUCCACCGGCUCCUUCGUGGGCGAGCUCAUGUACAAGAACAGCUUCGACUGCUUCCGGAAGGUUCUGCGCUACGAGGGAUUCUUCGGCCUCUAUCGAGGCUUGGUGCCCCAGCUGCUGGGAGUUGCCCCGGAGAAGGCCAUCAAACUCACAGUGAACGACUUUGUGCGGGAUAAGUUCACGGGCAGAGACGGCUCCAUCCCCUUGGCCGCCGAGAUCCUCGCCGGGGGCUGCGCCGGUGGUUCCCAGGUCAUCUUCACCAACCCCCUGGAGAUCGUCAAAAUCCGGCUGCAGGUGGCCGGGGAGAUCACCACGGGCCCUCGCGUCAGCGCACUGUCCGUGCUCAGGGAUCUGGGCUUCUUCGGACUGUACAAGGGAGCCAAGGCUUGCUUCCUGAGGGACAUCCCGUUCUCGGCCAUUUAUUUCCCGUGCUACGCCCACACGAAGUCCUUCUUCGCCCAGGAGGACGGGCGCGUCAGCCCGGGACACCUCCUCCUGGCCGGAGCCAUCGCCGGCAUGCCCGCCGCCUCCCUGGUCACCCCCGCCGACGUGGUCAAGACGAGGCUGCAGGUAGCCGCCCGCGCCGGCCAGACCACCUACCGGGGCGUGGCCGACUGCUUCCGCAAGAUCCUGAAGGAGGAGGGGCCCAAAGCCCUCUGGAAGGGGGCCGGAGCCCGCGUAUUCCGCUCUUCCCCGCAGUUCGGGGUGACUCUGCUGACCUACGAGCUGCUGCAGCGCUGGUUCUACGUGGACUUCGGUGGCCCGAAACCGGCCGGCUCCGAGCCCGCCGCCGGGACCCCCGCCGCCCUGCUGGACCCCGACCACGUCGGCGGCUACCGACGGGCCGUGGCCACCUUCGCCGGGAUCGAGAGCAAGUUCGGACUCCAACUCCCUCGCUUCUCGUCGGCCUCGCCCGGCCUCUAGCGCCGGUCGGUGCCCACCCUCUCCGCCCCCGCCGGCCAGGGACCACCCCCGUCCCCGCUGGCUGGCCACGGUCGUGCCCCUUGGGGAGAGAAAGUCCUGCGGGUGGGGGGCUAACUUUAAAUCACUGUGAAAUCCUGCCCCGUCCAGGAAGCAAGCGCUGGCUCUUUCUGCGAGCUCUGGCUCCAGCGGGCGCACCGGGCGGCCCCCUUCCCCCACCCCCGCUGCGUGAAAUGGCGAGGGGGUGGAGAGGGGCCGGGGGGAGGAGGGAACGGAAG